AUGGGACAUGUGUUGAUGACUACUGUGGUCAGAUUGUCGGCUUCAGUUCUUUCCUUAGUUUCCUGGCUUGUUUGUUGCUGGGACUUGUUGGGUAGAGAUGCCUUGAUGGAGGGUGUUCAUCUGCCUUGUACUGUACCCUGGGAAUUAUGGGAGGUCCCUUUUCUUUGUCCCUUGUUUGCAGGAGUUCCAGAGACCUUGGAAUCAUGGAUAGAUGCUGCCCGUUUACAUUCUUCAUUAUCAUUGUUGGCCUGGCCUCUUGUCUUUCAUCGGCUCCAGCUUGUAGUUUGGUUUGAGGCAGAGUUUCGAAGAUUUUCUGUGGAACGCAGUAAGCUGACAAAGUAUGAAGAGUUUUAUAAACAGAUUGAGCAGUUACAUAAAUUAUAUGAUCUGCCAUUUACGAUUUGCUAUUCUGAUCCUAUUCACGGUGAUCUGCUACCGAUCAACAAUGAUGACAACUUUGUGCGAGCAGUUUCAGCUGCAAAACCACUACUCAGGAUUAUAAUACAAAGGAAAGGAGAGAGUUGGGAACAGCUUAAUGGUUACAGAAAUGCCAACAGAAAGCGCAACUUCUUAAGUCAGUAUCUUCUCCCAUCUGCUCCAAAAUCCAGGCCACAAAUUUCAAUCAGUCUUCCAGAAGACUUCCGUCAGGUUUCUUCUAUCAUUGAUGUGGACAUUGUUCCAGAGACAUGUCGCCGAGUAAGACUGGUGAAACAUGGGUCUGACAAACCCCUGGGGUUUUACAUCAGAGAUGGCACAAGUGUGCGGGUCACACCCCAGGGCCUUGAGAAAGUCCCUGGUAUUUUUAUCUCUCGAUUGGUCCCUGGGGGUCUUGCAGAAAGUACAGGUUUACUUGCAGUUAAUGAUGAGGUAUUGGAAGUAAAUGGCAUUGAAGUUGCAGGAAAAACAUUAGAUCAAGUGACAGACAUGAUGGUGGCUAACUCAUCCAAUUUAAUCAUCACUAGCAGGCCAGCAAACCAGAGUUGUGUGUCUCUUCCAAGGCGAGGGUCUUUUGGUCGGUCUUCACAACUUUCCCAUGGGUCUCAACCAUCAAAUACAUCAUUAGCUAGUGAUGAUGACCAGUAUGAAGAUGAAAUCAGAGAUCACACUACAGUGUUAUGCACUGAAGAAGUUGAUGAAGAAAUCAAGAAUACUGACGAUAGUGUUGUCACAUUGUAACAUACUUAUACCCAGGUUAUCUCUUA